CUCUUUCCCCGCACGCAACUGUUUCUGUGUGCCUAUCCUUUCUCUCUGGUGGCGACAUUUGCUUUGCUGGUCGGGGAGCGGAGAUGUACGGGCUGUUGCACCAGUCCUUGACGGCAUGGGUGCGAACAUUGGAGGAUGGCGAGGCGCUGCUGCAACAAGUCGAAAGCCGGUUUCGAAACAACCUUGAAGACACCGACGGCAGCUUUGCAUGUGAUGAGUUUCAUCGUCGCUACACCGACGCUCAAUCCAACAACCUCAUCCGCAUUUGCUCAGAGGUGACGGGCGUGUCGGAGGACGAGUGCAAGCUUCGCGCGGGCCGCUUUGUGAUCCAGACGCUCAUCAAGCGUGGAUACAAGGACAUGCUUGACACACUGGGCUCAGACCUGUUCACCCUUCUCUCAAACAUCGACAGCGUGCACUCCCACUGUGCGUCCACCUUUCCGUCUGCAGCCCUGCCUUCCCUCUGCCCGACAUUCAACGAUGACGGGUCCAUCAGCGUCGCAUACUCAUCCCAGCGGGAAGGGUAUGCGCCCUUCAUGCUCGGCGCACUCCAGGCGGUGGCCACUGACCUCUUCCAUCUCAAUGUUGGCAUCACGCAUCGCACCAACGCGGCCCAAUCCGACGCCGCUCGCCACGUCUUUGUCAUCUUCAAGAACGGUGCGAGUGAGCAGUGCCUUGGACCACAGCCAUCACCGUCACCGGCACACGAUCCCCACCGCUGUACGGCCUCGCUUCCCCCUGCCCUGAUGGAUGAGCUGUUUCCGUGGCACUUUGCCUUUGACCGCGGCCUGCGCGUCACGUCUGUCGGCCGCCACCUCGCUGCCCGGUUCGACGGCCACGCUGUCAUUGGCGCGCGCGUUGACCGAAUCUUCGCCAUUACCGAGCCAACCUCCACGACCGGCAGCAGCUACAGCAGCAGCAGCAGUAGCAACAGCAGUAGCAGCAGCAGUGUGCUGAGCAUCGACGCAACGGUGCCCUGGGACGUGAGCAAGCUUCUGUCGCACCCUUCCAACGCGUCAUUCAUUCUCACGCAGAUUGCUGCUCGAGAUAACACGACCCAGCACCACAGCACCACCACCAGCAACAACGAUGAUGGUGGGGAUGGUGGCUGUUUGAGCAGCGUGGCAGGUGGAGAUGGCGGGUGCAUCUGGGUGGUUGAUGAUGCGCUCGUAUCGACAGCACCGACAGCUUGUGAGGGCACGCUCGCCAACGCCGGCCAUCGCGGCGACGGUGACGGCCAUGGUGACGCUGUUGCUGAUUGUGAUACUGGUGGCGGCAAUGCCGGGGAUGGCGAGGCAAGCACUGGGCGACAUGCCAGCGUAAGGGAGACGCAGCCACAACACGCGAACACCACCGUCGCACCAGCCGCACUUCCACCUGCAUGCGCCACCACCUCCUCCUCCUGCUCAUCUACCUCGCUGUCGACGCCUUCGUUGGCGCCAUAUGUGCGUCUGCGCGGUCACUUUGUGCACGACAGCAGCAGCGAUACCGUAUUGUUUGUUGGCGUGCCGCACGUCACCACACCGCACGACAUGCGCACACAGGACGUGGAGUUGCACCACUUCCCCGCGCACAGCAACGGGCGCGACGUGGUGUUUGGGCACGUGCAUCAGCGUGUUGCGGCGACGGCGUCCCACGCCAUUGAGGUGAAGAUGGCGCAGCUGGACUGCUCCCUCGAUCACAUCAACACACGAACGGCGCAGGUGGACGCCCUCAUCAACAGCAUCCUCCCACCGAGCGUUGCGCACGAGCUCUCCAGUGGCCGUAUUCCGCCCGCCAAACGUUUCGAACACGUGACGGUUCUGUUCAGCGACAUUGCGGGAUUCACUGCCAUCUCCUCUGGCAUCCCUUCCAUCGAGGUCAUGCACAUGCUGCAUGAGCUGUUUGUCAAGUUUGAUGAUCUGGCGGACAAGCACGGCUGCUACAAGGUGGAGACGAUUGGCGACGCGUACAUGGUCGCUGCCGGCUGCCCGGAGGAGUGCGAGGACCAUGCCCUGCGCAUUGCGCGCCUUGCCAUCGACAUGGUGCACGCCGCCAACAGCGUCAUCUCUCCGCUGGACGGGGAGCCGCUCUCUAUCCGCGUUGGCAUUCACACGGGCCCGCUGAUGGCCGGCGUCGUUGGGCGUGCACGUCCACGCUACUGCUUCUUUGGAAACACCGUGAACGUUGCGUCGCGCAUGGAGAGCACCGGGCUCCCCGGAUGUGUCCAGUGCACGUACCGGUUUGUGCGGGCGCUGCCGGUGAACCACGGCCUGCGCAUCAUCUCGCGCGGCGCUGUGGAGGUCAAGGGAAAGGGCAGCAUGCGAACGUUCCUGCUCGUUGGCACGGACACGACAUUUGCAAGCCCGCUGCUACCACGCGACGCAGAGGCACUGGCAGCCAUCCCAGACGCACCGGCCCUGUCGACGCUGGCCACCCUCGCCCGCCGCGUGCGCCCGCUCACCGUUCGCAAACUGAACACCACGGCCCUGUGGGGCAGAGCUGGCGCCACUGCUGCUGGUGCCCUGGAUGCCGGCCGUCAUGGUGGUGGUGGUGGUGGCCGUGGUGAACACCAUGGUGGUGAUGAUGACAGAAUUCGUGGUGAUCACCACGGCUGUUGCGCUCCCGUGUUGCCGCCACCGACGUCAGUGAAGGUGGACUCGGCGACGACACCAAGUGCAGCCCGCCACGCCAACCCACAGCAUCUGUCCCCUGCGCCAAGUGCUUGCAUCAGCUACAAAGCCGAUGCACUGGCGCACGGCAGCAAUCGUGGUGGUGGUGGUGGUGGUGGUGGUGGUGACCAGUUCGCUGCUUUAGCGUCCACUGAACAUUCGCGCCACAUUCACGACGGCAGCGUCAGCAGUGGCCGUGACACCACUGUUGCCAUACAUGCGUUUGUGCGCGGUGGGAACACGCAACCCGUGUACAACCCCAACGCAGCAUCGACCGCCAUCCCAAGCAGCACUAAACACCAGCAUGAGCAGUAUCACGACCAGCAGCACGACCAGCAGCGGUGGCAGUGGCAGCAGGCGAGCCGAAACGAACACCACCCACAGCGCUAUGGGCCUGCCACUGCUGUUGCGCCGGGUGCGUGUGUCGAUGGUGAUGUGCAUGAGAUGGCAGACGUUGGCCGCCUGCGCCAACACGUGCUCACACGCGUGCGUCGCCCCAAGUCCCCGUCAGCGCCACCACGAAUGGCAGCAGCGUAUAUGAAGGACCGGCACACCGCAGACACUACAGCAUCGUCCGUGUCAUCGUCGAGCGCGGGGAAUUUGGGCGCUGUGAAGGUGAAACAGCGGCUACAGGCGGCGCUGUCUCCCUCGCCACCCUCCACCGCUUCAUCGAGCGUCUUAGGGUGGCAAGCACACGCACGCGUGAAGCAGCAGUGAUUCUCUGUGUGGUUUUGUUGCGUUUGUGUGUAUGUUUUGUGUGUGUGUGUGUGUGUAUGU